GCGCUGGUUCACAACCCGCUGAACGUUUUCCACAUCACAGUGGCGGUCGAGGACGUGAAUGACAAUGCGCCGCGCUUCCUGCAAGACCAUUUCCAACUGGAGAUCAACGAGUUGACUUCUCCGGGCGCCCGAUUUUAUUUGGGCAUGGCAGAGGACGCGGACGUGGGCAGUAACUCGUUGAAAGGCUACGAUCUGGAGACGAACGAGUACUUUGCUGUGGACGUGAAGGAAAGGCAGGAUGGCAGUAAGUUCGCGGAGCUGGUGCUGCAUCGCUCCUUAGACCGAGAGAAAGAGCAGAAUCUGCAUCUGCUGCUGACGGCUGUGGACGGCGGAGACCCGCCACGGACCGGAACGGCCCAGCUCAGGAUCAACGUCACGGACGCCAAUGACAACCCACCCGUGUUCGCGCAGGAUCGGUACCGCGUCAGCCUGCGUGAGGACACGCCUCCGGGAUCAACGGUGCUGAACGUGUCAGCCUCCGAUGCUGAUGCCGGCACAAAUGCCCGCCUCACAUACAGCUUCGGGAAAAUGCCGGCCAAAAUGCUUCAGAAGUUUUUGCUGGACGCAGAGAGGGGGUCCAUCACGCUGCAGGAGGCGCUGGAUUUCGAGGAUACACGCACAUUCAGCCUGGCUGUGGAGGCCAGGGACGGGGGCGGUCUAGUGGCGCAUUGCGAAGUAGAAGUAGAAGUACAGGACGUGAACGACAAUCCGCCGGAGGUGACGCUGACGUCAGUGUCGAGCCCAGUGCCUGAGGACGCACCGGCUGGCACCGUGGUGGCCCUGCUAAAAGUGCGGGACCGAGACUCGGGCGAGAACGGUCAGGUGUCGUGCGAGCUGUCGGGAGAGGCGCCGCUGUCGAUCGUGGCGUCGUCGGGCGGCUCGUACAAGGUGGUGACGGCGAGCGCGCUGGACCGCGAGCAGGCGUCCGAGCACCGCGUGACGGUGGUGGCCCGGGACCGGGGCAGGCCGGCGCUGUGGAGCAGCACGGAGCUGGUGCUGGAGGUGUCGGACGUGAACGACAACGCGCCGGUGUUCGAGGAGGCGGCGUACAGCGCGUACGUGGCGGAGAACAACGCGGCGGGCGCGCUGGUGCUGCGCGUGCAGGCGCGGGACGCGGACGCGGGCGCCAACGGGCGCGUGAGCUACUGGCUGGCGGGCGGCAGCGCGGGCGCGGCGGGCGCGGCGCCGCUCGUGUCGGUGGAGGCGCGGAGCGGCGCGCUGUACGCGCAGCGCUCCCUGGACUACGAGCAGUGCCGCGAGUUCACGGUGGCCGUGCGGGCGCAGGACGGCGGCUCGCCGGCGCGCAGCUCCACGGCCACGGUGCGCGUCUUCGUGCUGGACCGCAACGACAACGCGCCCCGGGUGCUGUGGCCGGCAGCGGCGGGAGGCGGAGCCGCUGCGGCGCCGGGAGAGGCUCCGGGAGCGGCGGCGACUCCUUUCGAGGUGGUUCCGCGUUCGGCCGAGGCCGGGUACCUGGUGGCCAAGGUGGUGGCGGUGGACGCGGACGCGGGGCGCAACGCGUGGCUGUCCUACGAGCUGGUGCCGGCGUCGGAGCCGGCGCUGUUCCGCGUGGGGCUGCACAGCGGCGAGGUGCGCACGGCGCGCGCCGUGUCCGAGCGGGACGCGGCCAAGCAGCGCGUGGUGGCCGUGGUGAAGGACCACGGGCAGCCGGCGCUCUCGGCCACGGCCACGCUGCACGUGGUGCUGGCCGAGAGCUUGCAGGAGGCGCUGCCGGAGCUGAGCGACAGAGACGCUGUGUCCCACCUGACGUCUGAUCUGAACCUCAUUCUUGUUGUGUCGCUCUCCGUGGUGUCCUUAUUAUUUGUUUCCACGGUAAUUUUUGUUUUUUUCUUUAAAUUUCGACAGUCCAAGAGCCCUCCCAUAUUUAUAACUUCUGAUAAGGAACUGUAUUCCACCUUGGGUUCAAAAGCACCGUACAACUACUGUAGCAGCACGCUACCCUUGCCCUAUUCCUACGACGUGUGUUUAGCUUCCGAGUCGGGGCAGAAGGACUUCACGUUCCUGAGACCAGUGUCGGCGGAGGAGCUGCUGGGCGGCGAUUCCUGCGAGAAGCCGAGCCUGAGUAGUAGCGCCGUAGGGGAGGAGGUGCUCGCCAAUCCCGACCUACCGCAGGUCUGUAAAACCAUCGAUAAGCUUGUCGAGACUUAG